AUGCAAUUACGAACGGGUGGAUUGGGUGGUCAACUCAUGGGAACAAGCUGCUCGAUGUAUGGGAAGGGGAAGGGAAAGGGAGGCGCAAAGGUGCAAAAUCUGGCAUUUGAGGUAGAUUAUGCAUCUAACCUCAAGCCCUUGGCCGUCAUCAAAAGGGAGGAUUAUUUCUGGAACCGAUUGUCCUGCCGCUACCCAGACAAGAUGAGAUUUUCAAAGUUGCCAGCAGUAAAGUCCAUUUCAUUCCUCAUGUUGGACUGGUACGAAGUGGUAACGUUCUGCUUGGAUGAUGUUGGAUUGCUGGAGCCUGAACAAUGGUGCUUUUCGCUCGAUGCCGAUUCUGACAUCUUCAAAGCAGCAAUGGGAAGCAAAUGGAGGAAUGUCACUUGGAAAGUGACCAUCGCCAAAGAUGGCAACCGUUCAUUAUGCGAGCUGCUCAUGAACUGGAAUCCUGAUGGUUGGACAUGGAGAUAUUGGCAAAGACUACAGCACGAGGCUGUUUUCGGUUAG